UUCGCAUAUCUGGUCAUCCUACUAAACAUUGCCGAACUCGACAAACGUUUUGCCAUUUUCACAAUUUUCUCGCAUUUUUAAGGCAUUUUCAGCAAAUUUUUAGCUAGAAAUAGUCAAAUAAACACAAUACGAUGGCUCUUUUGGCAAAACCCAAAUCUGAACUCACACCCGAGGAAUUGGCAAAGUUGGAACAAGAAGAAUUCGACACCGGCCCACUUUCGGUCCUCACGCAAAGCGUCAAGAACAACACUCAGGUACUCAUCAACUGCCGCAACAACAAAAAAUUGCUGGGUCGCGUAAAAGCAUUCGAUCGUCACUGCAACAUGGUCUUGGAGAAUGUCAAGGAGAUGUGGACCGAAGUACCGCGAACAGGCAAAGGAAAAAAGGCAAAACCCGUCAAUAAGGAUCGUUUCAUAUCGAAGAUGUUCCUGCGAGGCGAUUCGGUGAUUUUGGUUUUGCGAAACCCCUUGGCGAGUGCUGGCGGGAAGUAAUCUUAAAAAAUACGAAAAAAAAACUAGAAUUAAGGAUUUUUAUUCUGUAUUUCCAAUAAACUGAUUACAUGUAAGGAGGAAAUAUGUGUAAAAAAAACAAA